AAACUAUGUUCAGCCCAGUAUACUUGGACAAACAUCAAAUAUUUAUUUUCAAAAUGCAUGUUAAGGAACCUGAAGAAAACAAAGAAUGGUAUGACUCUAAACUAGAAGAUAUUCACCUGUCGAUAGAAGUGACAGAAAAAUUAUAUCUUGAAGUUUAUUUGAAUAAGAUCCUUCACUUUGGCACCAAUGUUGUAACAUUUCACGUAGAGGUUAGAAGUCUAGGUAAUGUUGUUGGUCAGUUUGUCCCUGGUGUUAAUCUGCAUCCUGUAGACAUCACCUUUAGAAUUUGGGAUUCAGGGCUCCAUUGUUUUGAUGUUACGAACAGUGACUUAAUGCCACAGGGAAGAUACCAUUUGUUGAUGAUGCUAGGCUGUCCUCCUUCAUACAAGUUAGUCUUUGAUUGGCAGGCAACAUAUAAUCUAGUCAAGUUUCGAAGUGGACAAAAAUUUGAUUGUAUAGAUGCCAUACCAAACAGGCCAUGCUUUUACUUUGCAAAAGAAUUCUCUCCACUGUUUCUCUUGACUGAUGAGUCUAUUGGGAAAGUUGAAAGGUUUACAGGAAAAUAUACCAUCAAAAUUGUGGGAGGUGGUAUUGAAGAAAUUCAAAAUUAUACUGAAGAGGAGGUUCUCAAAUAUAACUUACAAACAGAGGCUUCUGGAUCACUUAUAUGGAGUGCUGUCGAAGACCAUACCAGUAAAAUUCCAGUGUUUAAUCAUACACAUAAUUCUAUCAGCUGGCUUUGUCAACCCAAAUCUCCAUGUGGUAUUAUCUCACCAAAGAACUUUAGGUCACCAACAUACCAGUUUGUAAUGGAAGUAUCAAAUAAAGAUGUUGAUGCAGACCAUACAAACUGUGAGUUUACCAUACGGUUUGUGGUCCAAGUACAUGGGAUUUCAUUAAGCUUGCUUCAAGGAUCAUUCACAACUAUACUGACAACUUCUGUUAUUCUUACUAUUCUGUUGGCACUGAGUUCUUACUGCCUCUGGAAUGACCAUUAUGUGUGGAACAAAUUUGAAUUGUGGUGGAUAGCAAAGAAAAAUAGUAUAUCUUUUUUGAACCGAAAAGCAAGACAAGAGCAGUUGGAGACACAAGUUCGAGGCCUUUUCUUGGAAAAUCCUGAACUUCAAAGACCACAAGAAUAUCCACGAAAAAAUAUAUUUUAAACGUUUUCCUCUCAUCACAUAAACUUCUAAUGAUACUUAAGAAUGAUGCACUUCUAUUCUCACUCCUUCUCAUGCUGUUUCGCAGAGAUUUACAGUUUUAAUUUGAUAAUAUAAUUACUACUUAGUCAUUAAGAAUGAUGCAAUUCUAUCCACAUUCUUUCUCAUCCUGUUUCUCAAAGAUUUACAAUUUUCAUUUGAUAAUAUAACUACUACUAAUUACUUACUAAAGUGAAUGUAUUUCUAUCCACACUCCUUCACAUGCUAUUUCUGUGACAUUUACAGCUUUUAUUUGAUAAUAUAACUACUACUAGUUAUUAAGAAUGAUUUAUUUCUAUCCACAUUCCAUCUUAUGCUGUUUCUAUCACAUGUACAGUUUUAUUUGAUAACUAAUACUAGCUAUUAAGAAUGCACAUUUCUGUCCACGCUCAUUCUUAUGCUGAUUUUCUGGGAUUUACUAUUUUCAUGUGAUAAUAUACCUACUAGUGGUUAUUAAGAAUGAUUUAUAUUCUAUCCACAUUUCUUCUUAUGCUGUUUCUAUCACAUUUAUAGUUUUUAUUUGAUAAAUAUUACUAGCUAUUAAGAAUGCACAUUUCUGUCCACCUCAUUCUUAUGCUGAUUUUCUGGGAUUUACUAUUCUCAUUUGAUAAUAUACCCACGAGUAGUUAUUAAAAAUGAUGUAUUUCUAUCCACACUUCUUCUUAUGUUGUUUCUCAAAGAUUUACAGUUUUCAUUUGAUAACUACUACUAGCUAUUAAGAAUGCAUAUUUCUGUCCACACUCAUUCUUAUGCUGAUUUUCUGGGAUUUACUAUUCUCAUUUGAUAAUAUACCUACUAGUAGUUAUUAAAAAUGAUGUAUUUCUAUCCACACUCCUUCUUAUGUUGUUUCUCAAAGAUUUACAGUUUUCAUUUGAUAACUACUUCUGAUUACUAAAGUGGAUGUAUUUCUACCUAUACUCCUUGAUGUGUAAUUUCAGUGAAAUUUGGUUUUCAUUUGAUAAUUUAACUACUACUAGUUAUUAAGAAUGAUGCCUUUCUAUCCACACUCUUUCUCAUACUGUUUCUCAAAGUUUUGCAGUUUUCAUUAAAUAACAUAACUACUACUGAUUACUGAGGUGGAUGUAUUUCUAUCCACACUCUUUCAUGUGCUAUGUCUGUGAAAGUUACAGUUUUGAUUUGAUAAUAUAAUUUCUACUAGUUAUUAAGAGUGACACAUUUCUAUCCACACUCCUUCUUAUGCUGUUUCUCUGGGAUUUAUAGUGUUCAUUUGAUAAUAUAACUACUACUAGUUAUUAAGAAUGAUGCCUUUCUAUCCACACCCUUUCUCAUACUGUUUCUCAAAGUUUUGCAGUUUUCAUUAAAUAAUAUAACUACUACUGAUUACUGAGGUGGAUGAAUUUCUAUCCACAUUCCUUCUUAUCCUGUUUCUAUAAGAUUUGCAGUUUUCAUGUGAUAAUAUAACUACUACUAAUUACUGGGAAUGAUGUAUUUUAAUCAACACUUCUUCUGAAGUUGUUUCUUUGAGAUUUACAGUUUUCAUUUGGUAAUAUUACUACUACUAGUUAUUAAAAAUGGUGCAAUUUUAUUCACUUUACUUCUCAUGCUGUUUUGCAGAGGUUUACAGUUUUCAUUUUGUAAUAUAACAACUACUGAUUAUUCAUAAUGAUGCACUUCUAUCCUCACUCCUUCUCAUGCUGUUUCUCUAAGAUUUAGUUUUCAUUUGAUAAUGUAACUACUACUAGUUAGCAAGAAUGGUUCAUUUCUGUUCACACUCCUUCUCACGCUGUUUCUCAGAGAUUUACAGUUGUCAUUUGAUAAUAUAACUGCUACUGAUUACUAAGAAUGAUGGAUUUCUAUCCACACUCCUUCUUAUGUUGUUUCUCUGAGAUAUGCAGUUUUAAUUUCAUUACUACUUAUAAACAAUUUUUAUGUCUCCCCAGUUUGCCAAGAUAGUGUCAUGUUUAUGAAAGUUUUAUUUCACAUAUUAUAUCAUCAUAGUCCUUCCAAAGUUGCAAAGAAAUUUCCAAAAAUCAGAAAAUUAUGUUAUCAAUAGUACCAGAAGUUAUGGAAACUUUAUGGUUCAGGUUUAAUUUAGAAAUGACUGUGAUAACUUGUAUUUCUUUCCUAGUACAAAAAGUUUCAGUUAAUGAGAUUUUAUUAUCUCAUUCUUUAUAGAAUGAAAUACACAUAAACAAAUAAUUUAAAUAUUAGUGAAAGAGAUUUUGUUACAGGUUUGUGGUAACAGUACCAUCUGAUAUUUUGUUUGUUGUUGUUGUUUUUUUGCUUUUAAUAACUAGUUGAAAGUACCAUAAAUAACCAGUGUUAAAAACUGGUCUCUGAUAAAUAAGAAUAUAAGUUAUAUUAGCCACAAGUGAAAUGUAUUAAAAAGUAAAUACUCCUGUUAUAAGAUUUAACAUUUCUUUCUCUUUAUUCAUUAGUAUCAGUAUUUUUUCAGAAA